AUGGCUGACAGCACUGAGUUCGAUUCCCGCCCUAACCAGAUCUCCAAAGGAUCCAACAAUACCAUUCCACUUUCAUCACCGUGGCAUCUGCCAAAGCCCGGAGAGAAUAAGACUGGAGCAGUAACUGGGGAAAGCCAAUUUACUCCACUUCCAAGCCAUGCCAAUUCUGUGGUUAUUCCGAAAUCACCUGAAACAGGUGAGAAUUUGCAUAAUAACCAUAAGAAGAAAGAUGUUUUCCGACCAUCUGUCCUGGAUAUGGAAUCUGGUCGUCGUGACCGCUGGCGUGAUGAAGAAAGGGACACCAAUUCCUCUGUCCGUAAAGAUCGAUGGAGGGAGGGGGAUAAAGAGCUCUACGACAACCGCAAGGUGGAUCGCUGGAAUGGCUCAUCUGGACGACACCAUGGAGAGGCCCGUCGUGCCCCAGGGGAGAGAUGGGCUGAUUCUGGAAACAGAGAAAGCAGUCAGGAUCAACGUAGCAAAUGGAGCACUCGCUGGGGGCCUGAUGGGAUAGAGACAGAUACUAUGCAUGAGACGUGGGGGGACUCUUACAAGGAAUCCGACAAGCUGUUUGAUAAAGGACCAUCCCAUGGGAAGGAUGAGAAGGAUGUGGACCACUAUCGACCUUGGAGAUCUAACACUUCAUACAGCCAAGGCAGAGAGGAGCCUUCGCACCAGGCAUUGACCCCAAACAAACAGGUUUCUACAUUUACGCAUGGUCGCGGACGUGGAGAAAAUCUUGCUCCAACCUUUUCUCUUGGUAGGGGAAGGAUUAGAUCUGGAGGGGGCUCUGUCUCCAAUACUUAUAUUCCUCCGCAACCAGUUGGAUCUUUUCUAGAAAAGGUUGAAAGUGGCUUUGAAGAGCAUUCUCCUUUAAGAUAUGACCGGACAAAAUUGCUUAAUGUGUACAGGAUAACUGAUAUGAGAUCCUUUGCAAAGCUUUUAGGGGAGGUUGAUCAAGUUCCUUCCCUCACUCUGGAAGAACCUUUAGAACCUCUAGCUUUUUGCACCCCUACUCCUGAAGAAGUGGUUACCUUGAAGGGAAUUGAUGAAGGAGAAAUCGUUAGUGUCACUCCGCAGAUCACUAAAGAGGGAUUGGUUGGCCGAACCACAACUGAUUCUGUGCAGACAAGAGGAAGCAGGCUCGGUAGUAGAAAUGAUUUGCCCCUUGCACUUUAUGAUCCUAAAAGUGAAAGUGUGGACAAUAUCGAAGGUGCUUAUUCAAAUUAUUCAGAAAGCUUGUCCCACGAGAAGCAGAUGUAUUCUUGGCCAAAUGCGAAAGUGAAGACAAUGCAGGAUUAUCAGGCACUUGCCGAUCACAAGUUAAAUCCUGAAGCCCUGAAUGAAGAUGGUUCUUAUAGGAAGAACGAGGACAUGACCACCGCUAUAGAAUCAACAACGUCAGGAAAUUCUUCAAUGCUUCAUGUGGGUGCUUGGAGGUCUUCAUCUUUCUCAGAGCGUGCCAAGUCAACUAUUCAUGAUUGGAGAGAGAUAUCUAGAGAUGUGCAGAAGGAUUUGACCAGUGCGUGGGAGGACACUUUGGCAGAUCCAACAAAUGCCAAAAGAGAAGGAUCCAAAUUGCAGAUGGGUGAUGAUUCUAUUCUGAGAAGGCAACCAUCUGCAGUGUUUGACAGGGAGCUGGAAUCGUGCAACUUAAGAGUCGGUAGAGGCCUGACCAGUGCACCGGCUGACUCCCCAUUCUAUCUGCUUGGGGAUGUGAUGCCUCACUUGCGUGCCAAAGUUCAACCACCUCCUGGAUUUAGUACACCUAAGUAUGAUGGAAUUCAAGAUGUAUCUGGUAGGUCUAACUACAACAGCUUUGGGAAGCUUCAAUCUGCUUCAGGCGAGUCUGAUUCAAUAAAGAAUGAGCCAAGAUAUAUACAUGGUCAGACAACGGAGGCUGAGAACAGGUUUUUGGAGUCACUGAUGUCUGGUAGUAUGAGUAGUGCCCCGCAUGAGAAGUUUGCUCUCUCAGAAGGUAUGCAGGAAUACAUGGGGAUUAAUUCAAGUGCAUUACCUCCUGUGGGAGCAGGUAGUGGGGAUGACUUGCAUCUGUUGGCCAAAAAGAUGACACUGGAGAGGCAGAGGUCUCUGACAAAUCCUUAUUCACAUUGGCCUGGAAGAGAUUUAGCUUCCCAUUUGGCAAAGACAGAUGUAAAUGACUCCUUACUGGCACAUUCAAAUCUUAAUUCGUCAAUUUUAGACACUGCUCGUGGACAGCAUAAUUCUCAGAAUGUGGACUUGAUGUCUAUCCUUCGAGGCUUUCCAGACAGAUCUACAAAUAAUGUCAACAAUGGGACUAGUGGUUGGUUGAAUGUACCAGUUCAAGGGGGGCUGGGCACACUUCAGGAUGAGUUGGACGUGCAUCCUGGCCAGAAUUUUCCUUCCCAACCUGCAUUGGGACCACAACAGCAGAGGCUACAGUCACAGCAUUCAUUGUUGUCAAAUCUAUUGUCCCAAUCUUUAAAUAAUCCUUCCAGCAUGUUAACUACAGAAAAACUAAUCUCUUCUGGUCUCUCUCAAGAUCCACAACUGUUAAGUUCGUUGCAACAGCAGAAUUUGUUGCACCCACACUCCCACGCCCCAGUUGCAUCACAGCAGCUGUCACUCUUAGAUAAACUGUUGUUGCUUAAGCAGCAACAAAUGCAGGAGGAGCAGGAAGAGUUAGUGCGCCAGCAGCAGCAAUUGCUUUCACACGUGCUCUCAGAGAAUCACCCCUACCAAAGGUUUGGUGAGUCACCGUUUGUGCAAUUGCAAACUUCUGGUCUGUCAACUGGAAAUGCUUCUGGUGAUCAUGCUCAGUUUCAGCAAUCACAUAAAUUGUUUCAGAAUGGUUCGCAGGUAGCUCCCACUCUCAAUUUGCAAGAUAAAAGUGCUUCUAAUGUCAUUUUGCCUUCUAGUGUUUCCCAGAAUAAUAGCUCAAAUGUUGGUUCUGAAGCCCCUUCUAUGCAUCUGCCUCGUCAAAUUUUUGGGAACAUUAUCAAUCAAAGGAACUGGGUUGCCUCUUUGCCCGAACAAGUUGAUAAUGUGCAGCAGCAGGAGUUUCCAAUGACAACAGCUGUCAUGGAUACUUUUCCGGGGUUGGAAUUGCCAAACAGAUAUCCAUUUGAGCUGAAAGUACAUAAUGAUGAGGCUAUUAGAGUUUCAUCUUCUGCUGAUGCUCCGAGUUUUUCACCUGGGGAACAUUCGGGAAAAUCAGCUACACUGCAAUUGGCAGGAGGUCGUGAUAAUGAGUUGUUUGUUCCUGAAAAUGCAGUUGUAGUGCCCCUGACCACAGCAUUGGAACCCCAAGAUUUAGGAGAAACUCACAAUGAUUUCCUUGGGGUGAAGGAAGUGAAAAAUGCUGAAACACCGGAGGUGAAAAAAUCAUCUGCCAAGAAGUCAAAAAAGCAGAAGUCUUCGAAGGCGCAAUGCUCUGACUCACCAAUGGGAGUCUCUAAGACGCAGAAGGCAGAAUCAUCAGAAAUUGAGCUGACAAAUAUUGAUAAUGCAUUGUCUGAGGUGCAUACUGUUGAAGAAGAGACGAAAACUGAUAAAGUUACAUCUGAUGUUGGCAAUUUUUUGCUGGCCCAAAACUCAUUGCCUGCACAUAUGUUUGGAGAUGAAGGUGAGGCUACCAAGAAUAAGGGUCAGACAGGACAAGUUGUAUCACAGUUCAAUACCCAAGCAUAUACUGGACAACGAGCCUGGAAGCCAACUCCUGGUUUCAAGCCAAAAUCGUUAUCAGAAAUUCAACAGGAAGAGCAGAAGGGAGCACGAGAAAAAGAACUGGCAGUUUCUGAGAUCUCAACAUCUCUGAGCUCAAUGAGUGUCUCUACUCCUUGGGCUGGGAUUGUUGCGAAUUCAGAUCAUGAGGCACUUGGUGAAACAUUACAAGAUUCUCCCACCAAGUUAAUUUUGGGAAAAUCUGAGAGUUUCUCACAGCAAAAGAGUCAAUUACAUGAUCUAUUUUGGGAAACUCAUGUGGCCAAGUCAAGCGAGAUUCAGAUCUCUGCAUCUAGUCUACCUCCUGUAUCUCUUAUGCAUUCUCGAAUUGAUUCAGUGGAUGAUGAUAGCUUUAUUGAGGCUAAAGAUACUAAAAAAAGUCGUAAAAAGUCUGCUAAAGCCAAGGGUGCAGUAGCUAAGGUCUCAGUGCCUGCUGCUUCACCGGAUUUAUCUUUUGGAUCAAAUUUCAUAGACAAAGGCAACAAUUCUCAUCAGCUACAGCAGAAGGAAAUAUUAUCUGCAGUUCCCUCUGGCCCUUCCUUGGGGGAUUUUGUUACCUGGAAGGGGGAGUCAACAAAUCCAUCCCCUGCUCCUGCCUGGUCCACUGAGUCUGUGAAGUUCCAGAAGCCUACAUCAUUGAGGGACAUCCUUAAGGAACAGCAGAGAACUUCAGUGCCAACACUUCAGAAACCUGCUGUCAACCAACCUGCCCGUGGAGUUGGUCCUUCAUUGUCAGUUUCGUCGUCAGUUUCUACCAAAGCUGCAUCCUCAAUCCAAAUUAACUCGUCAGCUUCUUCUCACCCAAAACAUAAAGUCGAUGAUGAUCUAUUCUGGGGCUCCAUAGAGCAACCUAACCAUGAGGCUAAGCAAUCAGAUUUUCCUCAACUUGGAAGCCAAGGCAGAUGGGGAAGCAAAAGUACUCCAACCAAAGGAACUCCUGAAAAGUCAUUGAAUCGACAGAAGUCCAGUGGUGGCAGGCCUGGGGAGUAUUCACUUUCAUCAUCUCCUGCCUCUUCUCAGCCAUCUUUGAGAGGGAAGAAGGAUGCCUCGACUAAGCAUUCAGAGGCAAUGGACUUUAAGGAAUGGUGUGAGAAUGAGUGCUUCAGACUUGUUGGGUCAAAAGAUACGAGUUUCUUGGAAUUUUGUAUAAAGCAAUCUAGGGCAGAAGCUGAAAUUUUUCUAAUAGAGAACCUUGGCACCUUUGAUUCCAACCGUGAGUUCAUUGACAAGUUUCUAAAUUACAAAGAUUUUUUGCCUAUGGAUGUUAUUGAUAUUGCCUUCAAAACACGGAACGAUCAACAAGCCACUGCCUCGGGUGUGGGAGAUAUGACUUCUGUUGGCGUCGGGGGCUCCAUCCAAGGUGGUACAGAUGCUACCGAUGGGGGCCCAAAAGGAGGCAAAAAGAAGGGGAAGAAAGGGAAGAAGGUAAGCCCAUCAGUGCUGGGAUUCAACGUGGUUAGCAACCGAAUAAUGAUGGGGGAAAUUCAGACACUUGAUGAUUAG